AUGGACGAUCCAGAGCCCCUGAGAUCCCUUGAUAUUCCCCGUCCGCUGCCUCCAGACUCGCUGUCUUGUGUUGCGGAAGACGCGUCGACCUUGGCCGCGGCGCAGGAACAGGAACAACAGCCUCAGUCGAUUCAACAGCACGCGUCCAGUGACAAUGCAGUGGAUGCGCACUCUCUACCGCCCUUUCAUCUGGCAUCUGCUGGUCUAGACUCGUACACGUCGCAGCAAUUGGAGGGAAAUGAAGCUCGUCUGCCCCGGACGGCAGAGCCAUAUAACGCCCUCUCGCGCGAUGGUCUCCCUGCUUCCCUGCAACAGCGACAUCAGACCCAGCCCGAGACCGAGACCGACGUGUCGAUCUUCGCAUCGAAAGAGAACGGGUACCUCCGCGAUUUGAUGUCGGUGUUAGAUCCGCCGGACCUAGAUCUCUGGAGGGAAAGGCUAUUCAAUGUCGAUGAAACCAUUGUUUUGAGCGAAGAGCAGUUCCGCACUUAUUUCCCCCAUGUGGACAAUAUCUACUCGCAUCGGUCUACACAGCACUACAAGCGCAAGCCUUUGGUUUCCCACUACUGGGAUUGUCGACUCAAAGGCCGACCUCCCGGAACCCCCAAGUCUGAUGAUCCCAACAAGAAGAAGCGGAAACGCACCGCCCGUCAGCGGGACCUCUGCGACGUUAAGAUCAAGAUCACCGAAUACUUCCCGGCCUACGGCGACAUGAUCGGUUCGGACGCCAUUGGCCAUGGAAUUGAUACGCCAACGCUGUCCUCGGAGUCGCUGCCGAGCGCGAAUACGUUAUUUGCCGGCCAGGGGAGUGUGGGCGUAGAGCAGUCUAGCUCGCGAGGGAGUCAGGCGUUCGGAGUCCUCACGCCCAAUCCUCCCUUGCCCGAGGGCCAUCCGGGGGCCAACGGCCAGCGGUUCUUUACCGUCCAGCGGGUCAACGGGAACGGUGCCAACGGCAAGAACGACGGAGUGGGCGGAGGUCACCGACAUAGCCUGGAGGAGAGCGACCGGGUGAAAAAGAAUAGCGUGCAGCGGUAUCUGCUGAAGGAGGCCAAAGAGCAGAAGAAGGCGACGGCGGCUCGAACGAUGUCGGCUCAGACCCCGCAAUCGCAGAAGACGUAUCAUACCAAGGCCACCGGCGCAGCCGCCGUGACCGCAACGGAGCAUUCAGGGGAGCAUGGACUGAAACUGUAUGGCAGUUGCUUCUGUCCUUUUGUGCAGCGUGUUUGGAUAGCCUUGGAGGCCAAAGGUAUCCCCUACCAGUACAUCGAAGUCGACCCGUACCAGAAACCCCCUGAGCUACUGGAAGUGAAUCCAAGAGGACUUGUUCCUGCUCUGCGCCACGGCAAUUGGGGAUCGUAUGAAAGCUCGGUAUUGAUGGAAUAUCUCGAGGACCUCAAUGUCGGCCCACCUCUCCUCCCUCCAGGGGAUGCGCAAUUGCGCGCUCACUGUCGACUUUGGACAGAUUUUAUCAAUCGCCAUGUGGUACCGAAUUUCUAUCGCGUUCUCCAAGAACAGAACGACCAGAAACAAAUUUUGAAUGCGCAGGAGCUCAAAGACGCGCUGGCCACGUUGGUUUCGGCCGCCAACCCACAGGGGCCUUUCUUUCUGGGCCCGUCUCUCUCCUUUGUGGAUGUGCAAAUCGCACCCUGGGUUCUUCGGCUGAGCCGUGCCCUCAAGCCUUACCGGGGCUGGCCGGACCCCGAAGCAGGCAGUCGCUGGGCCACCUGGGUCAGCGCCAUCGAAGAUAACGAGCACAUCAAGGCGACAGUGAGCACCGAUGAGCUUUACCUUGACAGCUAUGAAAGAUAUGCGCAAAAUCGGCCCAACACCUCCCAGCUGGCAAAUGCAAUCAAUUCCGGACGAGGUCUUCCGUAA